AUGACGACGUGCUCGCAGCGCUGACAAACAAUUUUGGAACACAGCCCAAGCAGUAGCAUUGGAAGCAAUUGGAAAUAAGGUGGAAGUGGAAACCUGCGAUGUAUUAAUGACGUCAUACGUGCUGUUGGGACACAUUUGAAGCGUCAUGUGGACCGGUUAAAACAACGCUCCAAACGAUUCGAAGCAUUUGUAGCGCCAAGUGGACCGCACCCUAUAUGUAACUUCGGCGUGGUUAAACAGUUGACACAUGUCAAAACGGCGAUCUAUAUUACAGUUGCAUGCACAGUAAUUUAAAAAACUGUAUUUCCACAUGAAAUACAAAUUUUUCUACCACUUUUUAUAAAAAUUUGGCAACUUAUAAAAAUAUCGUAAAAUUCAACAGUGGUCAUAAUAAUGUGGCCAGGGACUAUUACAGAAAAAUGGCAAAUGAUCGUUUAGAUAUGGUAAUAUUUGGCGCCACUGGACAUACUGGAAAAUAUGUAGUGAAAAAUGCAACUCAUAUGUAUAAGGAUCAGAAAAUGAAGUUCGGUAUUGCUGGUCGUAGGAAAGAAGCUUUAGACGCAGUUGUUAAGGAAUUUGCCUCAGAUAUUGUGGAUGUGCCUGUUAUUCUGGCUGAUGUAAAAGAUGAAGAAUCUCUUAAGAAAAUGACAGAGCGAGCAAAGAUACUUGUCAAUUGUUGUGGUCCAUAUAGAUUUUAUGGAGAAUCCGUUAUCAAAACAUGCAUUGCUACUCGUACUCAUUAUGUUGAUGUCACUGCUGAAGAACAGUUUAUGAUUGAAAUGGAAUUAAAAUAUAACGAAGCAGCAAAAGAAGCUGGCGUCUACAUAGUAAGCGCUUGCGGCUUGGACUGUAUUCCUAGUGAGUUGGGAGUUAUUUUCACGCAACACAAAUUUGAAGGAGAAAUGAAUGCUAUUGAAAUAUACAUGAGCGCAUGGUUAAGCCCUACUGACAAGAUAGGUCCGAUUUGCAAUUAUGGAACUUGGGUAACUUUUGUACACAAUCUGGCUCAUGCAAAAGAACUACCUGCAUUACGCAAAAAAUUAUAUCCUAUCAAGUUGCCUGAAUUCGUACCGAAAUUAAAAUCAAGAAGUAUACUGCACCGAAGCGAUGUUUCUGAAGGAUGGUCCUUACCAUUUCCGAGUAUCGAUCGUUCAGUAGCUCUUCGUACACAGCGAUUCUUAUAUGAGAAGCAUAAAGAGAGACCUGCGCAAGUUCAAUUUUAUGUUACAUUGAAAUAUUUCUUCGAAUUCCUGAUGAUGGCCACUAUCGCUAUGUUUAUGUUCGUUUUGUCUCGCACAGCAUGCGGUCGUAAUUUACUUCUAAAAUACCCGACUCUGUUUUCACUUGGUAUCGUAAGUUCGAAUCUGGAAAUGCUGAAACCAACAUAUUUUUCUGUUACGUUUAAUGCUAGUGGAUGGACUGAAAAAUUGGCUGAACCUACCGAUAAACACACAGAUCCACCUAAUAAAAAAGUAAUCACUAGAAUGUCUAGUGAUUCUCCCGGAUAUGAGUUAACUAGCAUCUCAAUGAUCUUAUCGGCAAUAACAAUCCUUAACGAAAUUGAUAAAAUGCCUGACAACGGAGGAGUACUUACUCCCGGUGCUGCAUUCGGUAAAACAUCUCUAAUCGAGAAAUUGAUAAAACAUAAUAUUAAAUUCGAGGUGAUAUCAUCUACGGAAAAAUAAAGAUAAGAAACAUUUUGACGC